AUGGAUAUCUUACCCCUGUUCUUCUUCUCCCUCUUCUCCUUCUUCUUGGCCCAGGGUGGCUGCUGGUCACAAGGUGAGAUACCAUACAUCCGCAAGUAUCUCUACGUCGGCGGAGAGUAUGCGGACAACGGCAACGGGGAGCACAUAUUCAGGGAUCAGAUGUAUGUCGAACACCUGGUGCCAGCCAAGGGUCCGACAAAACAGCACCCCAUAGUGCUCUUGCACGGUCAGGCUCAGACAGGGACAAACUGGCUCAACAAGCCUGAUGGAGGGCGCGGUUGGGCCUCAUAUUUCAUUGAACACGGCUAUGAGUGCUACAUUGUCGAUCAGACGUCUCGAGGGCGCAGCCCCUGGAUCCCGGAAAACGGCACAAUGGCAGCCCUCCCAGCAGAGAUGAUACAAAAGUUCUUCACUGCAACAGCAAAGUAUAUGCUGUGGCCUGAAGCUGAACUCCAUACCCAGUGGCCGGGUUCGGGUGUGAUUGGGGAUCCCAUCUUCGAUGCAUACUAUGCAUCCACAGUGCAGUUCCUAAAGUCCCAAAUUCAACAGGAGACUACGAUUCAAAGCGCGGGGGCCGCAUUAUUAGACCGUAUUGACCGGCCAGUGAUCCUACUGACGCACUCACAGGCUACUGCUCAUGGCUGGCUCAUUGCAGAUGCUCGACCGGAGUUGGUCCAUUCGAUAAUAGCGCUAGAGCCAGCUGGGCCUCCAUUUGAAAAUCUGAUCUAUAAAGGCCCGUAUAGCCGUGCCUGGGGACUGACGAACGCGCCUUUGACAUACUCUCCAGCCGUGGUUGACCCUAACACAGAGAUAGUCAAGCAGACAAUUGAUGACCAGCCGGAAUCUCGCUGCAUAAUCCAGGCAGACUCCCCGCCUCCUCGCCAACUCCCCAACCUGAAGAGAAUAAGGACGCUGGUAUUGACUGCUGAAGCUUCUUUCCAUCGACCGACGGACUGGUGUGUUGUCCGUUACAUGGAACAGGCUGGGGUUCCAGUCGAUCACGUACAGCUAGGCGAUGUUGGCAUACGGGGUAACGGGCAUAUGCUCUUCCUCGAGAGUAACAGUGAUGAGAUCGCUGCUUUCCUGCGUCGAUGGAUGGAAGAGAAAGACGUGAAACACGAGAAGAACCAAGAAGCGCAAAAGGAGAGAGAACUUUAG